UUUCUUUAUUGUCGCUUGCUACACGCUGCUAUCUCCAUGCGGAAUGUUAGACUAUCCUUAAAUUAAAUAGUUAACCUUAAUCUAUAAGCAUAUUUUGUUCUUAAGAUGUCUGGCCAGGCGGAGUUCAAGAUUAAUACAAAAUUUGCAGAUAAAUAUGAAAAGUACAGACAAAAAGAGGAGUUGCAAAGACUGAAAGAUCGCUACGGAGAUGAAGACGAGGAUGGCAGUGAUUCAUCGGAGUCUGAUUCCGAUGAGAACAGUGACGUGGAGCUUGAUCCGAAGUUGGAAAGAGAUUUCUAUAGAACUCUUUCAUUACUGAAGAAGAAAGAUCCUAAGAUUUAUCAGCAGGAUGCUACAUUUUUCACAGACGAAGUACCAACUGGGUCAAAUAGUGAUGAGGAGCCAUCCACGUCUAAGGCAGCUGUAAAGCCAAUGUACUUGAGGGACUAUGAGCGCAAAGUUAUCCUGGAAAAGGGAGGGAAAUAUGAAGAUGAGGAUGACAGUGAGAAUGAGGAGGCUUCAAAACUGAUGCAAGAGAGAGCGGGGUCACCCAGUUACAUGCAGGAACAGCGGGAGAUCAAAAACAGUUUCCGCAAAUUCCUGCAGGACAGUGAUGAAGGCAGUGAUGACGAUGAUAGCAAGUUGCUGAAGAGAAGGAGCAAAACUAAAGAAGAGAAGGAUAAGGAGGAGGCAGACUAUGUGGACUGGCUUAAGGGGCAGUCCGAGCUGGAUGGGAAGGAGGAGGUGCAGGACAUGUCCUACCUUAAGGAAUACUGGAAUGACCCCAAGCUUGAUGAGAGGGAGUGUUUCCUGCGGGACUAUGUACUCAACAAGGGCUACCUGGAGGGGGAUGACCAGGACAGGAUACCUACCUAUGAAGAGUUGGUACAAGACGACGUGGAAGAUUCUGAGGACGAAGGAGACUCUUUCCUUAAGAAACAGGAAGACUUUGAGAGGAAAUACAACUUCCGCUUUGAGGAGCCAGAUGCCACAAAGGUGAAAACGUACCCCCGAAACAUUGGCACAUCCGUCCGUACCAAAGACGAUCGGAGGAAACACAAGAGGGAGGAGAUAAAGGAGAGGAAGAAAAAAGAGAAGGAGCAUAAGAAGGAGCAGCUGAAGCAGCUGAAGAAUCUGAAGAGGAGCGAGAUCAUGGAGAAGCUGAAGUCGCUGCAGGAGCUCACCGGGAACGAGAAGCUGGCCUUCAGUCAGCACGACCUGGAGGGAGACUUCAACCCCGAGCAGCACGACGAGCUCAUGCAGAAAUUCUUUGGUGAUGAGUAUUAUGGGAUGGACACAGAUGAAAAGCCUCAGUUUGAUGACGAGGAGCUUGAGGACGGACAUUGGAACUGGGAUACCUACACAGGAGAGGGUGGGGAAGGCCAUGGUGAGGAUGAAGAGUAUGGCGGUGAUGAAGAGUAUGGUGGCGGGCAGCCUGGAAACCAUCAGCCAAACUGUGAAGAUCCUGACUUCAUCAUGGAUGCAGACUAUGAUCCCAGCCAGCAAUCUGCCAAGAAAAAGAAGAAGAAGGAACGUGAGAAGAAGAAGAGGCAGCCGCCGUCCAAAGAUGACGUCCCACCGAUGGGCAAGAGGAGAAAGGUGUCCCACUUUGCUGAGGUCAUCGCUAAAAACAAGCCUGUUUUUGACCCACAGGAGAAAUCAUAUGAACAGUAUCUUGAUGAAUAUUACCGACUGGACUAUGAGGACAUCAUCGAUGAUCUUCCCUGCAGGUUCCGCUACAGGGAAGUGGUUGCUAACGACUUUGGCCUAACAACUGAUGAGGUCCUGGGUGCAGACGAGAAGGAGCUGAACCGUUGGUGCUCCCUGAAGAAGACCUGCAUGUACAGGCCCGAAAAAGACGAACUGUGUGAUGUGAAGAAUUUCAAGAUCAAGGCCCAAGACACCAGGAAGAAGAAGCAGAUCUUUGCCUCCCUUUAUUCAGAGGAAGAAAAGGAGCAGGCCAAGGGAAAGGUCGGGAAGAAGAGGAGAGAGCGGCUGAAGAAUGCUGAACAGGAGAAAAAUGCGCAGGAGGAGGAGAAAGAGAAGGAGGAGGAAGCAGGGAGCAGCCAGUCAGUAGCCGACACUGCUAAGGGAUCCAUCAUCAAAGCCCUGACAGAGAUGGGUGGUGACGAAGGGGAAGAUGGAGAGGAGUUCCUGGUCCCCAAGAUGGAGAAGCCAAAGCAGCAGGAGCGCGAGGAGGCUGCCACAGAGGCCGCCACAGAGGCUGUCAGUGAAGAGGCUGUCAGUGAAGAGACCAUCAAACCCAGAACUGACCAGCAGAAGCGGCCCAAGAAGAAGCCCAGGGCCCCGGGCGGGCGGUUGCUGUCGAGGUCCUUUAAGGUUAAACUGGGCGGUAGGGAAUUUAGCAGACAGAGACUGAGGGCUUACGGACUUAACCCCAAGAAACUGCACUACAGGGAACUUUACAGGGAGAAACGAAAAGCGCAAGAAAAACACAACAAGCCAAAGGGGCAGAAAAGCGAAUAAGCAAUCACCAUUUUUAGCAACAUGCUGCCCGAGUUGGUUUUGCAGUUGUCACGGGACGGAGCCACAGUUAGACUUCCUCCACAUGUCUAACCAUAACAUUUACAUUCACGCAACGAGUUAAUCUUUUCAUCAUGUCUGCAGUGCUGCUGAUGUUGGGGGUGGGGAGGGAGUUUCCCCUUCUUUGGCGGCAGUGGAGUUUACAACGUUGUUGUUCAGUUUACUGGCAGGCUCAUCCUGGGGAGAUCAGAGGAACGCUGAAUCUGCUAGUGUUCCCACACUUCACCCGCUGAAGUUCAUGUGGGUUUAAUCCCCCUCUCACGUUCCCUUCAUGUGUGUGUCUCUCCUCAGUCGCUGCCCGUUUGUAUACGGAGUACAAAGAGUAGUUGAGACUUUUUAUUUUAUUUGAUUUGAUUUGAUUUGAUUUGAUCUGUACUGUGUUCAGACUAAUAAUGUUUUUGUAAUGGAUUGAUAACAAACAAAACUCAAAUUCAUUUUAAAUGUUUGAUUGUACAGUAAGAAGUUUUUUUUUAUUAUUUCAGGUUCAAACUUUAUGAACAGUGCUUUUGAAGAGUGUGCAUCAGAAUGAGCCCCAAGCUUCAUUUUACAAAUUUGUUUAAGAUGUGGUUGUUGGGCUUCAGUAAAGAAACGUUAUUGUAAAUAAAUCUCUUUAAAAAGCCUAUAAAUAAAAAUAAGAAAAUCAAAUAAAAA